GAAAUAGGCUUACGUGUCAUGUAAACAGACACUAAAUAAAUAAACAGCUGUUAAAUAUGAAUUUAUGGAGCUCUGAAACUCUGAAUUAGACAUUAUCACUGGUUUAAUGUGAUCGUUCUAUCAUCAUGGACAGAGCCGAAAGAAUCCUUCAAAGAAAAGGCUGUAGUGUGACAACACAUCCCAAAGACGAAAACUCAUUUUAUUAUAGUCUUCAUGCUGUAUUAAAUACAGAGAAAGGACAGCCUUCUGGCAAAAAUGCAAAGCAAACGCGUGACGAGAUAUUCAAACUCGAGUUGGAUAACGCAAUGUAUUUCCACCUAUUUCACCCCCAGUGCGUCAGAUGCAAUGGAACAAUUCACCCAAGAGAUUGCCUAUCAAGUGAUCAGGAAAGGGUAAUAAAGGAGAAGAAAUACGCAUCUCCUCGGGAAAUUUAUGCUGCAGCAGAAUUACUACAGAAGGACAUAUGUCUUGUUCAUUACAGAAGAUCUGACAGUGAGGACAUGCUCGGAUUUCAGGGGUACAUUUUCGCUCCAUGUAUCAGGCCAUGUCUUGAUUCAGAGCCGGUAUAUAUUCUAAUGAUUGAAAAUCAAGAUGGAUCGACAGAAUAUGGCAAUCUUGAUUUCAGAGAUAAUUGUAAAGAUCUGAAAUCUUGUCCAUGGGAUCUAGUGAAUGAAGAGCACAAGAAAUGUUUUGGCUUGCGAUUCAGAAAUAGUUUUCAUUUGCUCUUUGAGAAAAAUGUUAGGUAUGGAAUAAAAGAUGAUGUCAAGGAUUUGUAUCGCCGUUUAAGUUUAGAAUUUUACGGUAAAGAAGAUCACCAUGACCGCAUACUAAAUAUUAUUUGUAACUUUGAACUGGAAGAGGAAAAUCUGGAUUUAUUUUGCAAGUACGCAGAUGAUACCAUCAAUGAAGAAACGAGAGCCACUGAAAAGGAGAGGCUUUUGAAGAUACACACAGAGAAAGCAAAAAAUCGACAAAAACCUCCCAGUGAUGGGGAACUUUAUGCCAUAUCAUCAGUAUUCAACGUCGACAUUGUUGUUGAUAAGAUGUGCAGAGGUGACUGGGAAACCUAUAUGUCGGUGGCAUGUAGAUAUGCCUGUUGCUUUAGCUCUCCAAUCCUUCUGCGCCAGCAGACGAUCGGUGAAUACAUGCCGUAUGUCACAGCAUCAGAAGAAUGCUCUUGUCGCCAGAAAAAGCCAGAAAUACAAGGGCAUAUUGGGAAAAUUAAAGAUGACAUCCACAAAGCAGUGUUGCGAACCCCAUGCUGUCCACCAAGUAGGAAACACCAAAACCACACCCAUUUAAAGCAUGUACUGAACAUCAGGACGAUUUGGCCUCAGCGAACCGAUUAUCUCAUCCCAACGAAGGAUAUAGAAAUUGUAACAGCUCGACUUAAUGCUGAAGAACGACGACUUGAUCAAAUAAAUGGUGGAAAUGGUACUUUAGUCAAAGCCCUGUCUAAAGAAUUAUAUGGAGAUGAAAGUCAAUAUUUUUCAAGUGACCUACAGGAUGCCUUAGGAAUCGGGACACUGGAUUUCGAUGAAAAGAUGCGAAGAAUUUCUGAAUGGUUGACAGUUCCUGUAUACAUCUACCAUUCAGAACUAACCCAGUUAAACUGCUCUCAGGGGCUCUACUGGACAAAAUUCGAACCUGUUCGUUCGAGGUCAGACCAACUUGAUGGGAAUAAAGAAUGCAGGUUUUAUAUCACCCUAUUCUACAAUAGACUCAAUGGUUCUUUCGAUAGGAUAACACCCCUCAGAGGUUGUAAUUGUGAAAUUCCGCCACCUCUUUCCUUACUUCGAAACCAACAGAAACCGGAAUCUCAGCUUUUAAUUUGCGUGGACCCAAAGCAACGUCACCAUCCUUUGAUCACUUUCCUUUCAAAGGAUCCCGACGAAGAAAUGUUCAUGACAGAAAUCAGAGAUUUUCCAGUGUGCACGCCAUACUCUUCACUGCGCGUAGCGAUGCAAAGAAACGACAUGAAAGGAAGAACGUUUGAUUCCAUUCAGUUUUUCGAACACUCUUUUCUUCGAUGCUUGAGCAAAGAAAUAUUUGGAACAGAACAAAAUGUUGAUUUACUAUUGAAAGAACUAUGCGAGGAAUUGUUACAAAACAUUUCCUUGUACAAAAAUGUCAUUGGAGGAGAAAUUGAACAUGCUUACAAAGCUACAUUUGGAAAAAACCCAAAGGAUGAAAAAGACAAUAAAAAACUUGCGCAAUUCAUGAUUGAAAGAAUCGAAGAUGAUCUUUCAACCGAUGACCUAUUGUUAUGGGUUGCUUGUACGUUUUUCCAGACGGAUAUUUACGUCCUUCGGGUCAAGGACACAAAAACCUCAACAGAGAGCUCCUGGACUGAGUACUCAAAGCUGAGAACCCGGAAAAAGAAUCCUAAUAAAACCACACGUUUUAAAAGUAAAUGUCCUAGGAAUAAAACGCCCUAUAUCUCUAUUAUUGAGUCGGGAAGCAAACAAUUUCACAGAAUUGUUCCAAAAAUGGCUUGUUGUAAUUGCGUUUUAGAUGUUCCAGUUGAACAUUCAAAUGAAGCUGACUUAAUGCCAUAUCGCACACAACAAGAUUGCAACUUAAUGCGAAGGAUUAGGACAGUCGAUACUCUUCUGGAGACAGCUUGUGUGACUGUAGAGCAGUGGCUUUUAUGCAGUCAGAUUCUACAGAGAAGAUGUGACUUGGUGAUAAAUGAAAUUGAAGGUCGUCGUAAAAAUGUAAAUAUCGCCACAAUAUCUGGUUCUGGGGCAGGAAUUGUCGGUGCAGUAAUGACAGGUGUUGGAAUAGCUCUGGCACCGGUAACCGGAGGAAUUUCCACCCUACUGGCUGUAGGAGGAGGAGUUCUGGCGGUUUCCGGAGGAACAGUGGCCGCAGGAGCAAAAAUUACUGAAACCUACUUGAACAGUGGUACAAUAGACACACUGAAACGGUAUCAAAACUGUUAUCAGGAGAGAUUUGAGCGCCUUCAAAACGUAAUGGAUGAACUGAAAAGGGAAGUAACUAAACUGGCAGAGGUAUCAACUGAAAUUAAAACAAAUCAGAAUAUUGAGGCAUCUGACUUCGCGGGAAUUCAGAGUCUACCGGGUAUUUUGAGAACCGUGAAGGGUCUGGCAAUGAUUCCCAUAAGCCUGUUGAGGGUGUCAGCCAGAGGCAUAAUAAUUCUUGGCGCAAUAAUCGGGCCGCUGACGGCGAUGGUUGAUGCAGGUCUAUUGGCAUUCUCGGCUUAUAAUAUGGCGAAAGGAAACCGAACUGAUCUGACGGAAAACCUUCGCCGAAUAUCAGCAUCACUUCAUGGAGCAAGAAGGCAGAUGCAUACCUGGGCGUACGGGAAUGUUAGACCAUUCUAUUAUGAUUAGAAGAUUCAUAAAAGAAAUUAUCAAACUAGUGUUUUGAUGAGCAUGAUAAUUGAAAAUUCAAAUCUUGCUAAAGUGAAAGAUAAACAAUUGAAGAUCAAGUAUAAGUAAGUGUAAUUAAAGAAAGUAUGUAGAUGGUGGUCGGAAUUUUACCAUCUUAUAUUUUAUAAAACUUUACUCUUCAUUUAAUGUUUGUGAGCUCUAAUUUAAAUGUUUAACAUUUUUUUCUUCCUUGAUAUGGAACUAUGUUAUUGUAUGGUCAAAUGAGGAUAAGUGAACAAUAAUUUGAUGAUGGUUUUCUUGGGGUCCGAUUUUUAUGUUUGUGUGAUUUUGAUUUCUUUGAUGAAGAACUGUUUGGUAGUUUUGUAUGACAAAAUUUCACAUUUCGUAAUGAUCAUGAUUUC